AUGAAAUCGAUCAUCUUCGUCACCUUUGCGAUCGUAGCAAUUGCCGUUGCGGCCCCACCUGAAGAGCCUUACAAGAUCUUGCGUUCAGAUUUCCAACAGCAACCGGAAGGUGGUUAUGUUUACAGUUUUGAAACCGAGAAUGGCAUCAACCGUCAAGAGCAGGGAGAAUUGAAGGAAGCGCUCGACGAAGAGAACAAGCCCCACCAAGUAGUCGUCGUUCGAGGAUCCUACAGUUAUAAAAAUAAUGAGGGACAGGUCGACACUAUAAACUACUUUGCUGAUGAGACUGGUUUCCAUGCUGAAGGAGAUUCCAUCCCCAAGGUUCCUGCAAGGAGAUAA